GUUUUGUUCAGAACUCGAUUUCGCCAUUAUUGAUUCAAAAAACUGAUUCAGAGUUCCUUAAUUGCAAAGUAAUUUCAAAGAUUCUAAAGUUUGUGUAGUUUCUAGCUUAGUGUUUUGGAAUCGAAAAUGGCGAGUCGAGUUAAAGAAGACGAGAAGAACGAGAAGAUUAUAAGGAGUCUUCUCAAACUUCCUGAGAAUAAGAGAUGUAUAAACUGUAACAGCCUUGGACCACAAUAUGUUUGCACUACUUUCUGGACUUUUGUUUGUACCAACUGCAGUGGAAUACACCGUGAGUUUACACACCGUGUUAAAUCGAUAUCAAUGGCGAAAUUUACCUCACAAGAAGUUACUGCUCUAAAAGAAGGUGGAAAUCAGCAUGCUAAGGAAAUUUAUUUUAAAGGACUGGAUCAACAGAGGCAGUCAGUGCCUGACGGAAGUAAUGUUGAGCGGUUAAGGGACUUCAUCAGACAUGUGUAUGUAAAUAAAAGGUAUUCGAAUGAGAAGAAUGAUGACAAGUCUCCAAGUGAGACACGUAGUUCUAGUGAGUCUCGGAGUCCACCAUAUGAAGAUGUAUAUGACCGUCGUUACAGCGACAGAUCAAGUCCUGGUGGGAGAAGUCCAGGGUUUGAGCCAGGUAGCAGGAAUGUUGGUAAUAACAGAAAAAGCCCUGCUCGUCCUGAGAUCCUGAAUGAUUGGCGCAGAGAGGAUAGAUUUGGGGGUAGAAAAACAUCAGAAGAGGGCUCCCAAUCACCUGAACAAGUAAAAGACUUGGGUUCAGCUAGCCCUCCUGUAGCUCGACCUGUUAGGGAAAUUUUGGGUGACAGUGUUAUUCCUCUUCGUGUGGGAGAGCCUCCAAAACCCCCUGUCAGCCGAAAUACCGAAGCUUCAGCACAUGCAAAGUCAGGUACAUCAUUGAGUAGUUUAAUGUCCACAAAUGAGAAGCCACCAGAAGCGAAGCUAGAGACUGCUUUAAGCCUGAUUGAUUUUGAUACUGAUUUUGAACCUCCUGCUCCAUCUGUUGCAAUACAAGCACCAUCAACCACACCUCAGCCUGCUCCACAGCCAGCAACUUCAUCUAAUGAUAACUGGGCAUCUUUCGAUGCUGCACCCAGUGCCCCUAGUUUAAAUGUAGCGCAACCACCACCCAGUGGAAACACACUGGAUUCGAUUCUCUCUCAGUUGGCAGUGAAUUCUUCUGUGCCAGGUCAGACGUCUAUACCAUCUAACGGACCUGUGCAUCUUGGUCAUUCCACGUCACAAAUCUUUGCACCAUUUCCGAAUGAGCAUUCGAGUGAACAGCCAUGGAACACAGAACUUGCAUCUAAUGUAAAUAGGUCAAUGAGUGCACCGCCAUUACAACCUCUUCAUGGAGUCCCUUCUGGUGGCCAGCAGUCUUCUGAAGUUAAACCUUCUGGAAGAUCAGAAUUACCUGCGGAUUUAUUCGCUGUAACCUACCCAUCAUACCAUGCACCAGCGCCUGGGUGGCAAGCUGGUCCACCUCAUGCUAUGCAUUAUGGCAUGCAGCAGUAUAAUAACCCCGUGCCAUACCAGAAUGUUCCGCAGCCAGCCAAGUCAAUGAACCCUUUUGACUUCAGCCCUGGGCCGCCAUCACAAACGCAAACGGAAAAUCUGUUCCCUUCCAUGGCUCCUCUGCAAGGUGCAUUACCUCCUUCAGGCAUGAUGCCUUCUCAAGGAGUACACAAUCAUUUCAAUAUACCUUCUCAAGUCUCAGCCCAUCCAUCGGCAAUGCCACCAAGGUACAUGUCUUCUCAAUUACCAGGAAGCAUGCCACCUAGCAAUGUAAACCCAAUUGGCGACAUGAACGCUUCAUAUGAUGCCCAACAAACAUAUCAAAAUUUCGGAAGCUCGUUUGCUGCUGCAGUUCCUUUGAACCCACCUUUCCAAUCAGGAGGAAACCCGUUUGGGGUUUGUGAAGUUUCCCUUCCUCUUUCAACAUUACUUCUUGGUGUAUCAUGUAUGAAUGAGAUUUCAUCAUGUAAAGAAUACACUGAGAUUUACGUACGAGUUCAGGUUCUAACGCGGAAACCCCAUGUCUUGUCGAAAAUCGUCUUGGAAAUUCACUAAAAAUCUUGCUCAAACUGGAGCCUUUACGAUUCUUACAUUUUUUCUCGCAGACUGCUUUCUCGCACUUUAAAAACUGAGUUGUUAUGUCUUUUCUAUAAGCUUGUAGUGAAGAGUCUCUUCUCUUGAUUGUUCAGAUUAGAGACCCUCUUUCCCAUAUGGAGUCUUUGAUAUGGCAAACUAAAAUUUAUAGCUUUUA